AACCCCGAGCGCCGGGACCGCUGAGGAGGAGGAGGCGCCGCCGCCCCGGGCCGCGCGGCCCCUUUAAGAGGCGCGGAGUCGCCCCCUCCUCCUCCUCCUCCUGCCCCUUCCGGAGCCGGACCCGGGGUGACGGCGGUCCCCGCGCCCCUUCCCCCUGCCCGCCCCCUUCCCCAUGGUGCCGACCCCGGCGGCGGGGCGGUUGCCAUGAACAGCAGCGGCCUGCCCUGCUCGUCGCCGUCGCCGGUGGUGGGGCCGCCGCCGGGGGCGGGGGUCGGCGUGGCGGGUCCGGCGGCCGGCGGGGCGGGGGCCGGCGGCGGCGGCGGGGCCGUGAAGCUGAAGUUCUGCCGCUACUACGCCAAGGACAAGACCUGCUUCUACGGCGAGGAGUGCCAGUUCCUGCAUGAGGAGCCGGGCGCCGCCCCCGCCGGCCCGGGGCCCGCCGCACCCCCCCUCGGCGGGCUCCCGCUCGGCAUCCCCCCGCCCGCCGCCGCCGCCGGGCCGGGCUACUCGGCUCACGGGGCCAGCUCGGGCCCGGCGGCAGCGGUGGUGGGGCCUAAGAAAGCCGAGCUGGGGGCGGGAGGCGGCGGAGGCGGCGGCGGCGGGGGGCUGGAUGGCCCGCGGCUGGCGAUUCCCGGAAUGGAUGGUGGUGGGUUAGCUGAUGCUAAUCUAACGGAUUCAUACUUUAGCACCAGCUUCAUUGGCGUUAAUGGAUUUGGAAGUCCUGCUGAAACGAAGUAUCCCAUGAUGCAGAGGAUGACAAAUAGCAGCAGCUCCCCUAGCCUUCUCAAUGACAGUGCCAAGCAGUAUGCAGGCCAUGAUCCACUAACUUCACCAAAUUCAUCCCUGUUUAAUGACUUUGCUGCCCUCAGCGUGUCUCAAAGGAGGAAGCUGGCAAAACCAGCAUUUCCUUCGUUUAUCACUGACUUGGAGGACAGAUAUAAUACAGUCUUGCCCAGGAAGUAUCGACUGGGAAUGCUGGAUGAGAGGAUAGUUCCGGUGGGAUCAAAAGCAAGAAAAUCAAAGAACCCUAUUGGCUGUCUGGCUGACAGGUGUAAAACAGGAGUACCCAUCAAUAUGGUUUGGUGGAACAGAGUCACAGAAAACAAUUUACAGACACCAAAUCCUUCUGCAAGUGAGUUUAUUCCUAAAGGAGGAUCAACCUCCAGGCUGAGUAAUGUAUCCCAGUCAAGUAUGUCUGCCUUCUCUCAAGCCUUGUUCUCUCACCCUUCCAUGGGAAGUCCUGCUACUGCUGGGUUAGCACCAGGAAUGUCACUGUCAGCAGGAUCUUCUCCUCUUCAUUCUCCCAAAAUAACUCCUCAUACAUCUCCUGCUCCUCGAAGAAGAAGUCAUACUCCUAACCCAGCAAACUAUAUGGUGCCUACUAGUGCCUCUGCGUCUGUCGCUAACGCUGUCUCUCAGCCUCCAUCUACUGGCCAGGUGAUCCAGAAGGAAACAGUGGGUGGAACAACAUACUUCUACACUGACACAACUCCAGCACCUCUCACAGGAAUGGUCUUUCCAAACUACCACAUCUACCAUCCAGCUGCACCUCAUGUUGCUUACAUGCAGCCAAAAGCAAAUGCACCUUCCUUCUUCAUGGCAGAUGAGCUCAGACAGGAACUCAUCAACAGACACCUAAUAACUAUGGCCCAGAUUGAUCAGGCUGAUAUUCCUGCAGUUCCUGCAGAAGUGGACAGCUACCACAGUCUCUUUCCUUUGGAACCACUGCCGCCUCCCAAUCGGAUACAGAAAACGAGCAACUUUGGGUACAUUACAUCGUGCUAUAAAGCUGUAAAUAGUAAAGAUGACCUGCCGUAUUGCCUUCGGAGGAUACAUGGUUUCCGUCUCGUUAACACAAAGUGCAUGGUAUUGGUUGACAUGUGGAAAAAGAUUCAGCACUCAAAUAUCGUAACUUUGCGUGAAGUGUUUACCACUAAAGCUUUUGGAGAACAUUCUUUAGUGUUUGCGUAUGAUUUUCAUGCUGGAGGAGAGACUAUGAUGAGCAGACACUUCAAUGACCCUAGUGCUGAUUCCUAUUUCACAAAACGGAAAUGGGGUCAGCAUGAUGGACCUCUGCCACGGCAGCAUGCGGGGUUGCUUCCAGAGUCUUUGAUAUGGGCUUACAUUGUGCAGCUCAGCUCUGCCUUGCGGACCAUUCACACAGCAGGACUGGCGUGCAGAGUUAUGGAUCCAACGAAGAUUCUGGUAACAGGCAAAACAAGGUUACGAGUUAACUGUGUUGGAAUCUUUGAUGUUUUGACAUUUGACAACAGUCAGAAUAAUCCACUGGCAUUAAUGGCUCAGUUUCAGCAAGCAGAUCUGAUCUCCCUGGGGAAAGUUGUGUUGGCUUUGGCUUGCAAUUCUUUAUCAGGAAUUCAGAGAGAGAAUUUGCAGAAAGCAAUGGAACUGGUGACAAUCAACUAUUCCUCUGAUCUGAAGAAUCUGAUUUUGUAUUUGCUGACUGACCAAAACAGACUUCGCAGUGUAAACGAUAUCAUGCCUAUGAUUGGUGCACGAUUCUAUACUCAGUUGGAUGCUGCUCAGAUGCGAAAUGAUGUUAUAGAAGAAGAUCUAGCAAAGGAGGUGCAAAAUGGAAGGUUGUUUAGGCUCCUAGCAAAAUUGGGAACAAUCAAUGAGAGGCCAGAGUUUCAGAAGGACCCGACAUGGUCAGAAACUGGAGACAGGUAUUUACUAAAGCUCUUUCGAGAUCACCUUUUCCAUCAGGUGACAGAAGCGGGUACUCCUUGGAUUGACCUCAGUCACAUUAUCUCAUGUCUUAACAAGAUAGGUCAACCCAGAAGACAGCCUGGACAAUACUCCAAGAAGCAAGGAAGAGGCAGAUUUGGCCUCAGGACUGCUGCUAAGGCAACUUCUAGCCAGGAAAUGUGCAGUCAAGUACACACUUGUGUUUGGCUCCAUCAGAACCACAGUCUCAUCAAAAUGUAUUCCCACCAUCUAUUUCAGGCACCUAACUGAAGUGCUCUGACCUACCCUCUGGAGACAUCUCCCUGGCUCCCAAUUUAUCUGUUGUGUUACACCCAAGUUAGACACAUAACAUUCAUUUUGGAAGAUAGUGUUAUUAAUGCACACUAAAGCAAUGUGAUCACUGUAAAGCUUCAUGGAAUCUGUCUCUAGAUUAAGCUUAGUGCCUGGGCUGCAAGUCUGCACGGUCUUAUAACUCAGUUGGAGAAAUCCUUAGAAUUUUUUCCAGUUGUUUUUAUUCAUGCUAUCGUAAUUCCCAAUAAUUCAGGACAUGACCAUAAUUACAAAUUUUCUAAAAUGUUCUGUAGAAGAAUACACUUUGAAUUCAAGUUCCUAUGGACCAGACGUCCUUGAACAUUUUUGCUGAGUGUUUUAACGCUAUCUCAGUGUGUGCUUCCGAACCAAAUGUGCAUGAAUUCCCAUGAGAAAGGUUUUGCCUUUUCCUAUGUCACUCAUUUCCAUCUGAAAUAUCCAAGGAACACUUCCAUGACUAUGGUGCCAACAGCUGGACAUUUAGCCUUAGCUGAUCUUUGAAGCCACAUGCCAGGAACAGCAGUUUCCAAAGUUUUCCUCUUGUUGCAACAUCCACCUGGGAAGCUGCUCCUUUCUGUUGUGUGAGACCUGUAUUCCUCUGCCGCCAGUAGAUGCAUUUGGAUUUUGGACACCCCAGACACAGAUUUAGUCUCCUGGAUAGUUUUUGACUCAUGAACAGACUUUGAGUGCCUGACCACAGACUCCUGCUGGUACUUCCAUAACUGCUGGCCAACACCCUGUUCCUGGGGCUCCCUCUAUAACAGAUGGAGGUAAAUAUGUUUCUUUGGAGAUGACUCUUUUAAGAUUAAAAAUGUUUCACCAAUUCCGUAAAGACUGGGUGUGUCUAGAUCUCCAGCCUGGCUCAUGUUUUGGAGCGAGACAGAAUUACUUGGAGCACCUGGGUUGCUGCCUGUCUUCCUUACAUCUAGGUGCUGGUGCCAAUGACUCUGCAAAUGGCUACCUAAGGCAGAUGGGUAAAUAAAAAACCUGCUGUAAGAGGUAGGUGAGUACACAAAGCUCUCACCUGGUUCUUGCUGUAUUUCCUCAUGGUUUUUAAACCAGGAUAUCUGGGGCUCAGGAAUACCACGAGCCUGGCACUCCAACAUGGCAGAGUUACUGGCGUUCACUGUCUGAUCCGUAAGCUGCCGCAGCAGGGCUGGUGCCUCUUGAGCUAUAAGACAAAACAACACCUUUGUUUUACAUUCUUGUCAUGGUGGGGAUUUAAUUAACUCCCCUACACUAAUUUUACUGGUGUUAAAGAUUGCUACGGCUCUUCUACCAAACUCGUUUGUCACUGAUUUUAUUUACUGUUCUACUUGGCUCACGAGGGUUUGGUGUGUGCAGAGAACUCCCAUUACUCAACAAUAGCAUGUUAUGGUGACCAGUGAACACCCAGUGAUGACAGUGCUCAAAAGAUUUUCUCAGUUCUAUGACCAGCCACGCUUGUUUAUACUGAAAGCAAUGACUUUGUAUGAAAACUCAGUUUUUCAUCAUCCAAAGAAACAAACUGUGCCACCAAAGAUUUGCAGAAUCGUCAGAACACCCUUGCAGCGGAAUAGCUCUGUGUUGCUGAUAGGACUUUGCUGCUCUGUACACCGUGAUAUCCAUGAAUGUGACUUUGAUAAUUUACUUAUCUUAAAGAGUACAGUUACAAAUCAUAUUCAGUAAACUCACAUAAUCCAAAACAACCAUGAGCACAUAAGCAUUGUACCAAAGUCUUCAUAAAUUAUUCCACUUCUGCAUUUCACAUAUUUGGCUGAACAUAACCAGGCCUGGCCAAACCACACCACAGCAUUUCAAAAACACACUACAGACAUCAUGUUAAAGUCAUCUCUGAAAGAAACAAAACAAUCUCAUGAUUGUUUCAACCUUUUGCUACUCCUUUCCUCAUUUCAUACAGUGCUGAGGGCUGUUCUAACAAAGGCCAAGGUAUUUACAACAUUUAUGCACAAUAUAUGGCAACAUCUUUCAUUCACAUUUGCAACACUCAUAUAAUUAUUUUUGAUAUUUUGGUCCAUUUAAAGCAGUCACGGAGAAUUCAGGGAGCUUCUGAGCAGUGCCACAGAUGGAAAUGCUCUGCAGAUUCUCUCAAAUUCCCCAAUUAUUUGCAAUCUUUCCUUUCAAGGACACUGCCAGGAUCAGGCAAUUACUAACAUGGUAAUAUACAGAUUCCAAAUAUGAAUUGAAACAAAAAAAACCCAGAAACCAACUAUUUGCAAAUAUUUGUUUUCAAGCUGCAACAGAUCACAAUACACUAAGUUCAGUAUCAGCUGAACUUCUGAUAUUCUGUGCUUGGAAGAUUAUUCUUUUUCCUUACAGAGAAACUAGCCAUCACACAUAAUUAUUCUAGCCAUCUUCAUAAUUAUUCUGUCACCAGCCAUAAAUAAAAACUCUCCAGAAAUUUUAAACCCCUAUGUACCACCAGAUUUUUCAGUAUGCAUGAGCCCCACAGCACUAAAAAUACCUUUAAAGUGGGAUAUGUUUGCAAUUCCCUUGCCCCUAAAAAUUAAUUCCAACAUAGUCAUGACUGUGCAAUGACUGUGGCUUUUGGGCUUUUCUGAGCUGCAAGACAUUAAUUUCCACAGGCAAUGAUAUUUGUUGUUCACAGGCUGGUAGACAAUUUGUUCUCUCUUCCCAAACAGCAUCACUUAUGAGAGGCACUGUAAAUUCUUCAUCACAUACCUACACAAUGACAUAGUCAACUAUAUUUGCCUUGCAGCCAAGAAGACUGCCUCUUCUCCUUGAUACCUCGCUUCAAUUUUUGUUCAGUUCUCAUUUUUCACAAGGCUGUGAACAGGCACAGUCUGAGGCAUGUCCACGUGCAUGUGCUGAGAAGAACUUGACAUUUAUCAGCAGUCCCUGACAGACACCCCAGCCCAGACAUCCAAAACGAAGGCGGACAAGAUGACACAACAAAGGCAAAUCACACGUUCUGUGAGUUGUGAUUAAUUUUAAUUUGUUUAUAGCCAUACACUAAAGAUGGGAUUUCAUAUUAAGAAAAACUUUUUUGCUUAAAACUUAAGUCAUCAUUCACAUACUUUCAAUAAUUUCUCUGCUACAAUCAACUGAUUUUUCAAGGACUUGGUCAACCUGAGGAUUAUUCUCUUUUGCAAACCACCUGUUUUCUCCCGUUCAUUUUUGCAGUGAAGCCAAGGGGGACAGUUUCCAAUGUCCUACUCUGCUCAUUCCAAAGCUGAGGGGCUAGCCUGGCCACCAGCAGAGUGUGGGGCUCAGCUCCCAGGGCAGCCCCCCAGACCUGACCCCAGCCUUCAAGCUUGCCCACAAAUGCUGCCUUGCUGGCCAAACUCUGCUCUCAGUUAUCCUGAGGAACUUCAUUGUAGGCAGAAUUUGGCCCAGGGGAGUGACAGGGGGAUCACAGAGGGGAGAAGAGGACACUGUUAUCAGAGUACUUUUCUGACCUGGGGUGGUAGGGAGGGGAAAUUUGCAUUUUUAAAAGCAAACAAAGGGAAAAAAUUACAAUUCAUUAAUUUUCAUGUUUACAUUUGCAUUCCAUCCAUUUUUGCCCUUUGUUAGGAUUAUGUUGUCUGUUUCACUUAAUUUUUAUUAAUCAGUACAAAAAUAUAAAUACAAGCUUUAUUUUAAACACUUAAAAAAAAAAGAAGAAGAAAUAUAAUUCACACCUUUCUCUCUAAAUAAUAUAUUACACAACAGAAGGCAGAGAAACUCCUCAAACACAUGAGAUUCUCCAGUCAUCCAAGGACAUCAAAAGCGACAUCAGUAGUUUUAAUCCUGCCACCAAGAACUGCUUUCCUCAAAGGCUUCCAGUGACUUUCUCUGAGCCCUCCAACACGGACAGCCACAUUGGGAUGUUAGGACAUCCUUGCACAGCGUGGCCCUCUGAGUGCUGGUCGAGCCCAGGCUGGUGGGAUCUCCACUCAGCAGCGACAUACAUCAUUGCAAUGCACAACAACUUCACAGAAGAACAGCCUAAUUGCCACAUCUCUCUUUUUUCUUUUUCUUUUUUUUUUUUUUUUUGACCCAAACUCAUAUUGCCUGGCAACUGGCUGCUACAAAUCAUCGUGCUUCAGCUCCCAAGGCCAUGGAAAAUUCGUAACGUCCUGUCAUCACCGCCCACCUCGCCAUCAAAUGUCUUCCCACAAAAUACCCUAGGAAAAAGGGGGAUUCUGUAUUGUAGUUCUUCUGAAGAAUUGCAAAUGCUAAAGAGUGAGCUUGCUCCAUUUUUAAGCAGUGGCCAACGACUUCACUUGCAUUUAGGCAUGUUUUAGGAAAAAAAGAGA